AGCGACCGCUGCCGACGGACUAGUAUCAAAUACCCCGCACACACAUCCACGAGUUCCACAGCACAUAGUAACCCACUCACUGCAGUGACCAUUUCAGCAUCCGAUGCCUUUACCUCUACGGGCAAGGAGAAGAAGAAGUGUUUGCAUUUGCUGAGGAAAUUGGGGCGUUUUCUCAAGAUGCUGGAGAACGGCGGCAAGGUGCUGAAAGAGGGGCUUCUGGAGAAGCGAAGCGACGGUUUGCUGCAGCUGUGGAAGAAGAAGCACUGCGUCCUCACGGAGGACGGGGUUCUGCUUCACCCGCCGAAGCAGCACGACCACCCGCACCAUUACAACCACCACGGCGGCGGAGACACUGGCAAAGUCAAGGAGCUGCACUUCUCCAACAUGAAAACUGUGGACUGCGUCGAGAGGAAAGGGAAAUACAUCUACUUCACCGUGGUCAUGUCGGAGGGCAAGGAGAUCGAUUUCAGGUGUCCACAGGACGAGGGCUGGAACGCCGAGAUAACUUUGCAGAUGGUGCAAUACAAAAACAGACAGGCCAUCCUGGCGGUGAAGUCUACCAGACAGAAACAGCAGCUCCUCGUUGUUCAGCUCCCGGGACAGAAGAUUAUUCGGAGCUCUCCAAACGUUGCGUGACCUGCGCCUCGGACAUUCGACGUGCGGUUAAUUGGACAUUCAGAGGAGGGAUCAUGGACUCCGGCUGCAUCUGCCAGGCCUCACAAAAGGAGCGUCACACCCCGCAGAAAACAUCUCUUAAUUUAACUGUUGUUCGGUCUGGACAACAGCAGCAGUCUUUUCCCAGUCCUGUUUUUCAUUAGAGACUAUUUAUUUGAGAAAGAUGGACACUGAUGGACAAAGCUUAGGCCUCUGCUACAGCACAAGUGAAAACAGCUGUAUUCUAAGGGGCGAUUCUCUGCCACCCCUUCUUAUUUAUUAGAUUGUGUAUAUAUGUUUUUAUCUUAACAGUGUCAUUGACUAAUGUACAGUGUGGUUGUUGCUGGAGUUGAAACUGAAAGCUAUGCUUGGAGAUUCCGUAGGACAGUCUAAUGUUUUGUUAUGAUUGGACAUAAGCCUCAGUAUCGUUGUGAUCCUGGUGGGAUGGUUGAUUGUGUUACACCUUUAAGGAUGUACUAGAGUCCUUUCCUUUCACUUCUAUUAUUUCUAGAGUUGUGAGUAGCACAUCCUAUUGUACAAACAUGCCAUGAUACACAUCCUCAUUGUUUUAUUGAACCAAAGACGU